AUGAGCCAAAUGAUGCGGGAAGAUCACGACGUCGUCAGUGUCAAUGUCGCGGUUCUCUCGUGUGAACCGAGUCAAGCCGCCGUGGCGGUGCGCUUCGGUGGGCCCGGCUGCGAGUGGCAAUGGGUGCAGGUGCCCACACGCACUCCCAUUACUCUCUCGUGCGCGUGCUCUGCCGCCAGGACCACCAGCAGUAGUGGCCAAUACAACGACAACAAUCACAGCAAUGAUAGUGAAUAUGAGAACUCGCAGAUGUACGAGUUGGCAAUUUCCCCAUCACCUCCGGAUUUCAAUGGUGGAGACUUCGUUCCCGUCGUGCGGCUUGACACUCGACGCGGGUGGCCGGCAGCGCCCGUCACAUUGGGCUCACAGGAUGACGGCGAUGCCUCCUUCCGAGUGUCGCUUCUCUGCUCAUUGUUGCCGGGCCCGUUACCGCAGAGCAACAGCGAGCGUCAGCGCCAAGAUGGCGACAUAUCUCCCCCACAUCGCGCGGUGAUUGGUGGCAAUUCGGUGCCGAUGGGCUGGCUCAGUGGUCGAAUUGCCGCAAAAACGCAACGCCGUCUCUUAUUUGAGGAGGAGCUGGAUGUGAGGNAUCAUGCCAACAAGAGCCAGAGCAUCUCACAGCACCAAGACGAGCCAGCCACUGUGCCGUAUGGCUGUCAUAACGGGAACGGGUGGAAAUUGUUGGAGGGCAAUGACAACAACAAAAAAAUCAAUGGCAUCUCCGCAAUGAUGCCACCGCUGCCGCAAAGGCUGGGUUCGGAACCAUCGAACCUCUUUGCGGGGGCUCCAUCGCACCAAGCCGUGCUCCUCACCACAGUAGUCUCGCUGCGACGCCGCAACGCCGCACCGAACCGUGUGGUAGAGAUGGUGCUGUCGCUUGAAAGCAACGUGGAUACAAUGCCGCCACCACUAUGUAUGUGUCUGCUCCACACGGCGGCAGUGACACGUGAAAAGGCCGCAAAGGUCCCUCAGAUGGGGCAGCCGUUGCUCCUCCCCCCUUCUGUCGACAUUCGUCCGUCAAUGCAGCGUGAUGUCGAAAGCCAAGCAACAAGUACAGGGGUAGAAUCUGUGUUUCGCGUUCGCUGCUGUAUCCUGGAAAGCUACACACGCCAUCACAGUGUCUCUCGCGACGACUCGCCUGUGAGCAGGUUCGGUCGCUUUUCAACGCCGCGCAGAGAUGGUGACAAAGACGUUUCGGAGUCUGUGUGUCCGCUUGGCGAAGGCGCUAUGACGUUGUGCAUGCCGAAUGAGUGGUCUGGUGAUAGCGAUGGCGGCAGUCAGAAUGCUGUGGGGUGGUUAUCGCACCCAUACCUGGAGCAGGCAGUCUUCUCAAAAGAAACUCUGCGCUGUGGCGCUGACGAAGUGGAACUCGAAUUUUUGCUUAUGACGGUUUCGGCGUACCGCGAGGCCGUUCUUAACUACGGGGCGGUGAAUGGCCUGGGCGGGGCGUNAUUUUUGCUUAUGACGGUUUCGGCGUACCGCGAGGCCGUUCUUAACUACGGGGCGGUGAAUGGCCUGGGCGGGGCGUACCUCGAGGUGCGUGUGGAGACGAUACAUGGCUCGGGACGGGACUUUGCGGUGCAGCAGCAGGCAGAGCGGCCGUACAGGGUGUUGGAAAUAUGGCUGGCCCAUCCGACUUCAGGCCCUGAAACCCCAACGGUAGCGGCAGCAAAAGGAAGGACGGAAGACGACUAUGAUGGUGCAGUCUGCCGCCAUGUGGUUCUGCAGACACUCCACCCUUCACAAGGGGUAGGUGCACAGCCGGCGUUCUUCGUUGUGGGGCACCCCUUUGCGCGGCUAUCCUUCGCGAUUGAGCUUCACAAAGAGGUAGAUGUACACAGUGUGCCGCACCAUGGAUCUGUUCCCAUUGAUCUGGCGCGGGUAGGCGAGUGGACACGGCUCCCGGCGUUGCUAACAAGCAGUAAUGGCAACCUUGAUAGUACGGUGUGUCUUCAACUACUGUGCCGCUUGAGAGGUGUCUCCUCUUCGCCUCAAAAAGCUGCUGUGCCACCGCCGCCGCUUGCUCUGCACAGCUACGCCUUCAAUCUUGAUGCACGAAGUUGCGGAAACAUCAUCUCUCUGCUGAUGCAGCCGCACCGUGACGGCCCCGUCGCUCAGGCAAUCCGAGUCCUUGUUGCAGGCGCAGACGACACGGCGGUGGAGGCCAUUUCCCGCGUCGUGGAGCGCGCCGAAGUGAUGCUCCUCGGCGCUAUGCACAACGAGGUGGAACUUGACCUUGUGUUCAAUCGUGUAUUUUUUAUCCAGCAUGGGGAUGGAGAUAGCGCAACGCGCGACCAGGGAAAUGAUGGGAAUGGGGGAAACGACAAGGUUGAGGUUGAGCUGCGGUGUCAGGUGUUAGCAUUCGCCACGCGUGACGAGGCGGAGCGACUGCGCAACCCUUGCUGCGUGGGUGAAGGAAAUGUGGUGCUUUUCCCUUCUAGGAGUAAGCCGCACCGAGGCAAUGAUAACAUUGGCUCAAUCGACGUCCACUUGGCCAUUGACGCUGUUUCCGGUUCUCCCUAUCUAAGCCGUUCGGAGUGUGCUCUGCUGCGAUUGUGUGGAACAGUGCAAUAUGAAAGGUACGAUCAAAGCGAUAAUGUGCUUUGUAUUCGGUCGAUACGCGUCCUGCAGCGGCAUAAUCAGAAGCAGCAGCAGCAUUGCUGCAGUGCAGUAUCCCCCGUCACAAAUUCUGUGGUGGGUUUGUGCGUCUGGCUUCAUUGUGGGGGGAGUGAAGUCGGUGGCAGGGAAUGGAAGCACGCACUUCGUCGCUCCCGGGCAGUGAUUGUGCCGCAACAACAAAAUCAUUAUCAUCAUGAGAAACAUCAGCAAGAGCAAGACUGCAGCGAGUUUGUUGUUACUUCAUGUGGAAGGGCAUUGACGUUGUGCGUUGCGCUUGCUCCUCACAUUAUGGAUGCGAAUCAUGUCACUGAUAAUGUGCAACAGACCGUUUGGGCUGCGGUGAAAUCUGCAAAGAAGGAAAUGCGUCGCUAUGGAAGUGGUGCAGCGUGGCGCGGUGCCCACAUCACUUCAAAUGCUCACAACUACGUCGAAAUCAACCUCUCUGCCUCCCAUGUUAUGUGCGGUACCGUUGCGGGGAUGGUUCACAUAAACGAUGAGUUGUUGCUGCAACUUGAAGCGGAGUGGGCAAAGGCUCCGACGAGUGUGGGUGCUCUGCCCGAAGAGUGCCGGCCCUCAUCGCGUCACUGGGCCGUGCGGCUCACAAGUUCCAUGCAUCUAACCGAUGCACCGUAUGUGCUUAAUGUCGCGAGUACACCCAUUUACCACAGUGAGCCGCUUGGUGCGCCCCCACCGUGCGUGCCGGGAGAGCGGUUGACAGGGGAGCCACACUUUCGACGUAGGCACCAUCCGUCUUGCUCGCCGUCAUCCCACACAGGUGACGGCGACUGCACCCUCUCGAGCAGCAAUACCAUCACUGUGCGAGUGGGGGCUCCAAGGAUGAAUGCAGCUCCAAUGGUGCGGACGGUGUUUGUUUUCGGUGACGCCCAGGCCACGCGAACGCGAGUGUCACUCAGUCUAAACGGGCAGCGGCUGCAAAGCCUUAUCGCAGACUCUCUCGUUGGCCACGGCACUCUCAUUGCGGAUGCAGAUGCAACCGUUAUUGACUGGUUUCACGGUGCCAUGACAGCGGAUGGGAAUGAAGAACGGCGGGGGCGGGGGCGGCGACACCCGCAGGAGGACGAUCUCAUAGAGCAGUCGCGCCCCAAUCCUGUGUAUAUCCCCUUCAUGACGCCAGCAGCAGCACCAGGGAGUGUGGAGUUUGCGGUCAGUUUCCACACGUUGACCCGCUGCGGCUACGAAGGGGCGCUGCUGUUGGGUGGACUCACAGAGAGCUCACCGCCGGCCGUGCUUUACUACUCCUUUAGCGACAACACGUGGUCUCCUCUUGCGCUGAGAAUGCGAUCGCGUACUGGAAAAUUUCAACGUCGAGAAUUCAUCAGGGGGUUAGCGGCGCGCCACGGACACUCUGCUGUGUACUGCCCAACAACCAACACUGUCUAUGUGUACGGCGGAAUCGGUGUUGGUGGGUUAGUGCCAGUAAUGCGUGAUGACGGUGUAAUCGAUGCGGAAAGUAUGCGUUCUUAUCCCACACGAGGUCGUGCUUACGGCCGCAUUGGUUAUCUGUCGGACGUGUGGUGUAUUCACCUCUUCGACGGCACUGUGGAGUGUGUGGACACGGUGCAGCCCGCAGAGAACGAAUUGAUAUGUGCGGCGCGCUGGCGGCAUGCCGCGGCGUACUACAGUGAGUCUAUGAUUGUUGUUGGAGGCAAGACGAUACGGCGCCGCCCAGGAACCAGUCGCACACCACCCCACAGUGGACAUAUCGCCACUCAUGGUAAGGUGGAGGAGGAGGAGGAGGAAGUGUGCAGCUGCUGCUAUCUGCCUGUUUUAAACCUGCUGCAGCGCACGUGGUCCACGCAAUCAUGUGGGGGAGGUGCUCGCCCGGAGCCACGCUACGGUCACGCAACCGCAACAAAGGAUGUGUCCCUCUACAUGUACGGUGGCAUGUCAGCCACACGAGAGCUGUUGGCUGACCUUCAUGAAUUAAACCUAGCCACAUACACGUGGAGGAACGUUUCCUACAACGGCGCUGUAGCACCACCGCCAAUGCACCUCGCUGCCCUCGAAGCUGUUACGAUUGACGAUACCCCUUGUCUGGUUCUCGUCGAGGGUGAGACCGCGACGGCGUCACAGCAGCUGAGGGUAUUUCUCUUUUCUCACGCAUCAGAGUUCUGGCACACAAUCCACUUUGAGUGCACACCAGGCCCUCCGCGCAUCGGCCUCUCCAUAUGUGACGCCACAACAAUCCAAAUGCGACAGAAGCAGCAGCAGCGCCACCUCCAGCAAUCGCGGCGGCGUUUGCCGUUCCGACGCGCGCCACUCGUCAAAUUGCUUCUGGUUGGAGGGGAGAGCGGUGGUAGCACCUACACCAACGAGGGCCGAUAUUUCCGCAGUACCUACCCAACUUCGUCAGCAUCGUGGUGCUCCCCGUGUCUUCUCAACCUGUCGUGUGACGAUCGCCGCAGCGCCCCGCGUGGCAGGAGUAGGCGAUCCAUCUCCCCUGCCCUUGCAUUACACUCCAUGGUGCGUCGCCACAUGUCCAGUAGCAGAGACAGUAGCUACGGGAACCGUACCGCAAGAAACGGGACGCCGCAGCCACACAGAACCCAUUCUCUUAUGGCACAACGUGUAUUGACACGACAGAAGCAGGCAGAACUCAUCGAACGACUGUACUACUACGAGAUGGCCAUACGAUCUAAACGCGGGCUUGUGAUGCCACAGCCGGUACCUCCUCCAACACAAACCCACCGACGCUCUGUAAUCUCCCCAUACGCUCACGCGCACACUAGGAGCAGCAGACCCAGAACCCCAAUUGUCCUUCGCCAACACCACGACCCCGUGUACACCAUGGAGCGAGGCAGUCACAUAUGCCCUACCACGGCAGAUGAAACAUGUAAAACUCACGAGACGUGUACGCCAGCCGAAGUGAACACAACGCGUAUUUAUCAUAAUCCUCACCCUCCACCCAAAAACGCAAAAGCACCACAAACCGAGAAGGUACACGAGUCAUGGGCCACUGUGAUCCACAACACAAAACAAGACACAGAAGAGAGCCCAUCCCAUAUGCCCAGCAACAGCAGCCAAAACAAAAUCAACACGACAAAGCGAACAACUGCACAAGACACAACCAAGAUAAAAGCUCCAUCACUCUACACAACAAACACAAAUUUUACGACAUACCUCCAAGAUCAACCUCUAGAAAACAGCCAAUUUGUAUAUACAAGCCACUCCACGAGCUUCACAGAGAAUACACAAUCAGAAAAACCUCGAAUACCACACGCCACGGAACCCCAGAAACUAAACGUGCCCAUACACGGCGCAGGCUCACCACAGAGCAAGGCACGCGCGGCUUUGGUGUCUGAAGUUACCCCGGCGCCCCGGGAGAAGGUAAAGGAGACAGUUGUUGGCCACGAGAUCACAACAACGCUGAGCGCUGCAACUGCGCCCAUCACGGACGAACCAACCCCUUCGCCAGUACAAACAGUUGAGGAGGUAAACGAGGCGGUUGAUGUGCAUGAGGCCACAAUGGAAGAGAGCGAUGCAAGCGAGCCCUUGGUGUCUGACGACACCCCGGCGCCUGUGGAAGCAGUGGGCGAGGUGAGGCAGCCGGUGGAUGUGCAUGAGGCCACAAUGGAAGAGAGCGAGGCAAGCGAGCCCUUGGUGUCUGAAGAUACCCCGGCGCCUCUGUGUGAGGCAAAGGGUUCCUCUAUGUAUGCGGAAAGGUUGGGGAAUGUCAAACGUGUUAGGAGCGAAGGCACACCUGUUGCUGACGAUGUUUCAGUUGUGGCGUCAUAUUUGAGUGGGGAGAGGAGAAGGGUCGCCAUGCUUAACGGCAGUUUUUGUAGUAAAAAUGAUGAUUAUUUGGAAGGGGACGACAAAUGUCCACCUUCAGUGAAGCAAACAACGUGCAAUGCGCCCCCUUUAGUGGUUGAGGACGGAUGUAUUGGUAGUGGGAUUGUCUUUGUCAAAGGGGAUACGCGUAACUUGAGAGAUGCUGGUUUAUUGGACGGCGAAGCAUCUAAUCAGUUUGGUCCAAGCGAUUUCGAGUUUUAA